AUGGCUAGCCCUCCUGUGCUAGCUUUCGAUGCUGAGGGCUGCCCACUGAAGUUCGAUACAUGGCUAGAUCACCUACACCUCUUCCUACAGCUCACUGCCAAGGAGGACAUCUCACUGUACGAUCACGCCCUAUGCCAUGCUACUGCUCCUGCUGCUACUGCUGACAGCACUGCCCGCUCACAGUGGCAGACUCGUGACGCCCACGCUCGCUUCGUUAUUCGCAACUCCCUGCCGAUAGAUGAGCGCGAGCACUUUGGCCAGCACAAGACUGCACAGGCACUGUACACCGCUGUCGUUGCCCACUACUCCUCACGUGCCUCUGCCGCACUAGGCCGUCUCUCCAUCCCCUACCUGUUUCCCGACCUGGCCUCGUUCCACACAGUCGCUGACCUCAUCACGCUCCUCCGUACUAGUGAGGCCCGCUUCUGUGCCACCAUGCUCGAUGGUGGGCGCGGCGGCGGCAGGGGAGGAGGUGGUCGAGGAGGUGGUGGCGGCACUGGUGGUCGUGGAGGCAAUGGCGGUGGCCAGAGCCUACAGCACUCUCCGUCGCCCCAGGACCUCCGUGAGUGGUACGCUCGGCACGGGGGGGGUGGUGGCCUUAGCUGCACGUACGUCAUCCGCACUGGUGACCGCACUGGUCAGACGUGUGGGAGGGCGAACCCCACGCAGCGCUACUUCUCACGCCUUGAUGACGCUUGGCGUACUCAGUUCCCUGACGCCACUGAGCUGCCCUGCUGGGCUGAUCAGAUGAAGCAAAACAUUGAUAUCUUUGCUCUAGACUUUGAUGCUAUUCUCUCUGCCAUGUAUGCUACCGCUCUAGGUGCUAGAGUGUCUACAGCCCCAGGUGCUGGUGAGGUUACUGCUCUAGGUGCUGGUGCGUGUACCCCCCCUGUUACUGAGUCGACUAAGGCACUGCACACCUUUACACUAGACUCAGGUGCCUCCCGCUGUUUCUUUUGUGGCCGCACGGCUGUUGAGCAGCUUGCUCGGCCCGUUGCAGUCUCUCUCGCUGACCCCUCUGGGGGUCCAGUCCUUGCGACCUCCUCCACUCUCCUCCCUUGUCCGGCCGUCCCAUCGGGCACACUGUUCGAUCUCUACCUCCCCUCGUUCUCAACGAACUUGGUGGCGGGUAGUGCGCUCCAGGAUAGGGGUGUUCACCAGUUCACCCCUGCCUACGAGCGCGUGACACACUGCACGUGUGCUCGGACGGGCCGUCACCUGGCGACCUUCACACGGCAGCCAGGGUCGGACCUGUACACACUGACUACUGAGUCCCCUCAGGUAGCUGCGUGUGCGUCUGCGUCAGGUCAGCUGGUUCUCCCUCCCCUCCCACCCUCACCUGCUCCUCCCUGUCUUCCCUGUGUCAAGGGGCGGCAGCGCGCCGCUCCUCACUCCUCCUCGUUUCCCCCGACGACUGCUCCCUUGCAGACGCUCCACAUGGACGUGUGGGGCCCAGCCCGCGUCCGUGGUCAGGGUCAGGAGAGGUACUUCCUGAUAGUUGUAAACGACUACUCGCGCUACACCACGGUCUUCCCCUUGCACACCAAGGGUGAGGUCCCUGAUGUUUUGAUCCCUUGGAUCCGCGCUUCUCGUCUCCAGCUCAGCGAGCGUUUCCACUCGGACUUUCCUGUCCUGCGCUUGCACUCUGACAGAGGUAGUGAGUUCUCCUCCGACCUCUUGGCAGCCUACUAUGCGGAGCACGGCAUCCACCAGUCGUUCACGCUUCUGGCCUCUCCACAGCAGAAUGGGGCUGCUAAGCACCGCAUUGGCCUAGUCAUGGAGGUCGCUCGUACCUCCUUGAUCCAUGCGGCUGCCCCCCACUUUUUGUGGCUGUUUGCGGUCCGAUACGCUGCGCAUCACCUCAACCUUUGGCCCCGUGUCUCCUUGCCGGAGACCUCCCCGACACUGCGUUGGACGGGAGAGGUUGGCGAUGCAUCGCGUUUUCGGGUCUGGGGAUCCCGAGCUUUUGUUCGCGAUACGUCCGCGGACAAGCUCUCCUCCCGCGCUGUUCCAUGUGUCUUCCUAGGCUUUGUUCCGGACGCGGCUGGUUGGCAGUUUUACCACCCUACCUCGCGCCGUGUCCUCGCCUCUCAGGACGUCACCUUUGACGAGUCGGUACUCUUCUACCGCCUCUUCCCCUACCGCACUGCCCCGCUCCCUCGCCCGCCUCUCUUCCUCGCGCCAGACCCGGUUGAGCCUGUCGAGGUAGCGGUCGACUCUCGUCCUGCUCGGGGUGCUGAGCCUGAGUGUGCGGAGCCUGGGGUUGCGGAGACUGGGGGUGCUGAGCCUGGGGGUGCAGAGUCUGGGGGUGCAGAUUCUGGGGGUGCUGAGCGUGGGAGUACCGAGCCUGCUGGUGCUGAGUCUGGGGGUGCUGAGCCUGGGGGUGCUGAGCCUGGGAGUGCUACGCCUGGAGGAGCUCUCUCCUCACAGCAGCUGCGUGAGUGGUACUUACAGUACUGCAGCCUCAGAAGAGGUGCUGCUGGAGCUGGUGCUCGUACUUCCUCGCCUAGGCAGGAGCUGACCUCUCCCCAGCGUCUUCGUGAGUGGUACGCACGGCGCUGCAGUCUCAGGAGUGGCGCUCCUAGUGUCGCGGACCCUACUAAUGGUGCUGCGGACCCGGGCGUUGGAGCUGCUACUGGUGCUGCGGACCCAUGCGUUGGAGCUGCUGCUGGUACUACGGACCUGGGCGUUGGAAAUGGUGCUGGUGCUGCGGACCCAGGCAUUGGAGCUGCUGCUGGUGCUGCAGACCCGGACGUUGGAGGUGCUGGGGGUGCUACUGGAGCUGCUAGAGGUUCUGGUGUUGUCUCUGCUGCUGCAGGGGGCACCUCACGGCCGCGGCCGUACUUUAUUCCACUCCUUCAGCAGCGUGUCCCUCUGCCGUCUCCUCCUGAGUCCUCUCUUCCUGCUCUUGCUCACCCUGUGUCUGACUCUCUUCGUGCUGCCAGUCCUACUGUUACGCGUCUCCUUGCCACUGCUGUCACUAAUCCUUCCUUUGAGUCUGCUGCUGCGUCUGCCCUAGUUGCUGAGCUUGUCGACUUUGCUGCUCGCUGUCGUCUAAACUACGCUGCCAGUCUUGUUGCUGAGUCUGAGUCUGUCUGUCCUCCGUCUGUCGGGGGUGAGGGUGCUCUUAGCACGGACGUCCUUGAGGACAGACAGGAGGAUCUUGAGUGUCUUGCAGCCGCAACGCCCCAUCUCGUGUCCAUGCUAGUUGCCCCUGAAAGAGACUCGGAUGCACCAGACAUCUCGACUACUCGAUCGUACGCUGAGGCAAUGGAGGGUCCCUACUCCUCUCAAUGGCAGUCAGCCAUGGAGACAGAGAUGGCUUCCUCGAAGUCCACAGGCACCUACGUUAACGAGGUUCCCCCACCUUGGGCGAACAUCGUCAAUGGCAUGUGGAUUUUCAGGGUGAAGCGGCCGCCGGGUUCUCCGCCUGUCUUCAAAGCGCGCUACGUUGCUCGGGGCUUCAGUCAGCGAGAGGGAGUUGACUUCUUCCAGACCUUCUCCCUGACCCCGAAGAUGACCACUCUUUGGGUUCUGCUGCGGAGAUAA